UGAAGAUGACGGUGCAGCUAUAGUUAGUUUGCUGAAUAAUAUUUUACACAUAAAAACUUAGAAUGAACUCAUAGAACUUGAUCAGCAUGGCCCCAGCAACACAGAAGGGGGCUAUUGUACAUGAGCACCUUUCAUACCUUGAAUUACAUUGUACGGAAAGUAAUUUCCUAACUGAUGUGUUAAAUAUAAAACUAGUGUUAACCAAAUAACUCAAAAGACAUCAGUUAAAUUUGGUAGUACAGCGUAAAUAAUCUAAUUUACCUAUGAAAUGAAUCGACACAGAAGUACAAUCAUAACUUAAAGCGGAAAAAAAGGCUAUUCACUUCCACUGCCGGAACUUCACUGUGUGACACACAGCGGAAGUAAAUAAAGCGCGCGAGUAGCAUUAGCUGUAUGGAUGUGUGGAGCUAGCUUGAAGAUGACGGUGUAGUCGUAUCGCAGAUAAAUAUUUCAGUGGUAACGAAGCAAAAAUGUCGUUAGUUCAGUAUCUGAGAGAGUUUGUCAACGAGCGACUAACUGCUGCUGCUGAAGAAAUAUUCGGAGUCUUUGAACAAACUAUCGUCGAGUACGAGGAAGAGAUCGAUCGUCAACGCAGACUGCUGGAUAUCGUUUGGAAACCCGAGAUAAAGCUACACAGGACAGAGCUCCCACAGCAGGAUGUCUCUAAGGAGGAGGAGGUUCUCACUGACCAGCAGCUCUGUGACCAGGAGAGGAACUCCAGUCUGGACCAGGAGGAUCCAGAGCCUCCACAGAUUAAAGAGGAAGAGGAGGAACUCCACACUAGUCAGGAGGGAGAGCAGCUUGUACUGAAGCAGGAGACCGAUACCUUUAUGUUGACUCUUACUAAUGAGGAACGUGACCACCAGCUCCUCUCUCACAACUUUCCUGUAGCUGAGAGCCAAGAUCAAGAAGGAAGCAAGGAUGCAGACCCAGAAUCAAAGAGUCAUUGUAACACUCAGCCAGGGAAAAAGUCUUUCAAAUGUGACACCUGUGGAAAAACUUUUAACUUUAAGUCCAAAUUGAAUGUACAUCUGAGAAUCCACACGGGUGAGAAACCGUACCCUUGCAUCACCUGUGGGAAAAGAUUUAGUGACAAGUCAGUAUUGAUAAGGCACAUGAGAAUCCACACAGGUGAGAAUGCACACUCCUGCAACACCUGUGGGAAAAGGUUCUAUCAGAAAACACACUUACAAAGGCACAUAAGAAUUCAUACAGGUGAGAAGCCGUACUCUUGCAAAACAUGUGGCAAAGCUGUCAGAACUAGUACAGGCUUGUUUGUCCACAUGAGAACCCACACAGGUGAGAAGCCAUACCCAUGUAACACCUGUGGGAAAAAAUUCAGGCACAGUUCAGUAUUGAAUGAACAUUUAAAAAUCCAUACAGGCGAGAAGCCAUAUUCUUGUGAGACUUGUGGGAAGAGAUUUUGUACAAUGACAUUAUUGAGACGUCACAUCAGAAGCCACACAAGUGAGAAACCAUAUUCUUGCAAAACAUGUGGCAAAAAUUUCAAAUGGAAUGCUGGCCUGAAACUUCACAUGAGAACUCACACAGGUGAGAAGCUAUCCAGACGUCGGUGUAGUCGUAUCGCAGAUAAAUAUUUCAGUGGUAAUGAAGCAACAAUGUCUUCAGUUCAGUAUCUGAGAGAGUUUGUCAACGAGCGACUAACUGCUGCUGCUGAAGAAAUAUUCGGAGUCUUUGAACAAACUAUCGUCGAGUACGAGGAAGAGAUCGAUCGUCAGCGCAGACUGCUGGAUAUCGUUUGGAAACCCGAGAUAAAGCUACACAGGACAGAGCUCCCACAGCAACAUGUCUGUAAGGAGGAGGAGGUUCUCACUGACCAGCAGCUCUGUGACCAGGAGGACCCAGAGCUUCUACAGAUUAAAGAGGAAGAGGAGGAACUCUGCACCAGUCAGAAGGGAGAGCAGCUUGUACUGAAGCAGGAGACUGAUACCUUGAUGUUGACUCCUACUAAUGAGGAAAGUGACCACCAGCUUCUCUCUCACAACUCUCCUGUAGCUGAGAGCAAAGAUCAGGAAGGAAGCGAGCUUGUAGUCCCAGAAUCAACAGGAAAUGCAGAGAUGCAACCAAAGCAGAGAUAUCACAAAAACACAAGUCACAGUGACAAUGUACACAACUCACCCACAUCAAAGAGUAACUGCAACACUCAGACAGGUAAAAAGUCUUUAAAAUGUGACACUUGUGGAAAGGAUUUUCAGUAUAAGUCCCUGUUGAUUAUACAUCUGAGGACCCACACAGGUGAGAGGCCAUAUUCUUGUGAGACAUGUGGGAAAAGAUUUAGUAAUAAAUCAGCAUUGAAAAGGCACAUAAGAAUCCACACAGGAGAGAAACCGUAUUCUUGCAACACCUGCGGGAAAGGUUUUGCAGGUCGUGAUGGCUUGUCGGUCCACAUGAGAACUCACACUGGUGAGAAGCCAUACACCUGCAACACGUGUGGGAAAAGAUUUAGUGACACACCAAUGUUGAAAAAGCACUUGAGAAUCCACACAGGUGAAAAGCCAUUUUCUUGCAAAAUGUGUGGAAAACGUUUCGCACGUAGUUAUUGCUUGUUGAUCCACAUAAGAACUCACACAGGUGAGAAACCGUACGCCUGCAACACAUGUGGGAAACAAUUCCAUCAAGUGUCAGGCUUGAAAAGACACAUAAGACUUCAUAAGACAUAUUAAAAGUGCCAUAUGUACUCAACUCGUGGGUGAGCUUUCAGACUUACUGGUGAAUUGAUAGCCCACAUGAGAAGAGCCGAUGCUGGAGAGAAACCACAUCACUGUAACACAGGGAUGGAGUGGGAAUAAAAAUCAUCAAAAUUCUGACAUGGAUUGGACCACCAAAACUCAUCAAGAGACACUUGAUCACAUACAACCUUUGUCACACUUAAUGUACUAAACGGAAGAUAAAUUAAUAAUGAUGAUUUGUAUAAUUUAGCAACUAUAGAGACAGUGAGGUUAGGUUUCAGACUGGACAGUACAGCAUUAAAUACAACACAAGAUAUAUUUAAAUUUAAGUAGUUUUUCUCCCUUAAUUUGAUUUUCCUGUAAUGUGGAUAGAUCCAAACUUUUCAUGUGUGUGUGUCAUCUGAGCAGAAAAUAAAGCUACACAACAUGAUCCUGCUAAAUGAACUCAGACUACAGUUGGAGUUCUGUUGUUGUCUUCUGAUCUUCAGAUUCUUCCGGACUUUAAUCUCUUUUCUCUGAGCUUUUCAGCCAAAAUUUUUUGUAUUUUUGUAUUUGUUUACUUUGUUGUUCAUCUAAACCCCCCUUUGAGCCACAGACCCAAAUUGCCUACUGCUAAAAGCUGUAGUGUAAAAUUGAUGUUGAGUAAAAGGCGUAAACACU